AUGGCGGCGGGGAGCGGUGAAGGUGCCAUAUAUUCUGCAACCUAUAGUGGAGUCCCUGUCUACGAGUUCAAGUUAGAUGGUGAAAGUGUGAUGAGGCGGAGGGCGGACGAUUGGAUCAAUGCGACACAUAUACUCAAGAUAGCAGGGUUUGAUAAACCCUCUCGAACGAGAAUCCUGGAACGUGAGGUACAGAAAGGUGUACAUGAAAAGGUUCAGGGUGGUUAUGGAAAAUAUCAAGGAACAUGGAUUCCGCUAUCAGAAGCCCGGCUCCUGGCCGAGCGCAACAAUAUUCUCGCCAAAAUCCGCUCUAUCUUAGAUUACGUUGCAGGCGAUCAAAGUCCACCGCCAGCGCCAAAGCAUACUACUGCCUCUAAGCCUCGAGCCCCACGAGCAACGGCUGCUUCCAAGCGGGCAGCCGCCCAAGCCGCCGAGGACUCUUUAAGAAUGAGGGCGCCUCGGAUGAGCGCCGCUAGUUUCUCGCAAGAAAAAUAUGAAAUGCCGCCUCCAUUUGAAGAAGAAGAGUCGCUUGACCGCGCUACGUUGAACUCACCAUCUAUAAUGGCCGAAGAAGAUAUGGUGCCAAUGUCGCAGCACUCGACCCAAUCGAGAAAGCGAAAGCAUAGAAUGAACGAGAUGACUGUUAUGUCAAUAAGCGAACAGGAACAUAUCCUGUAUGGAGACCAGCUUCUAGACUAUUUCAUGACUGUGGGCGAUGCUCCAGAAGCAGCAAAGGUGCAACCUCCGGCACCACCGGCCAACUUUCAAGUCGAUCGGCCCAUCGAUGAUCAAGGCAAUUCGGCACUCCACUGGGCUGCUGCCAUGGGAGAUUUGGACAUUGUGCGAGAUCUCCUCCGGCUAGGCGCCAACGUACAAGCAGUAUCUGUCCACGAAGAAACGCCACUGGUGCGUGCGGUCUUGUUUACCAACAACUAUGAAAAGAAGACAAUGUCUGCAUUGGUGAACCUCCUUCAAGACAAUCUCACCUUCCGGGACUGGUUUGGAGCCACGGUCUUUCAUCACCUAGCAGAGACCACUCGAAGCAAGGGUAAAUGGAAGAGCGCCCGGUAUUAUUGCGAGGUUCUGCUCCAAAAACUCCGUGACAGCCUCCCUCCCCAAGAACUAGAAAUGCUGCUUUCGUGUCAAGAUUCGAAUGGGGAUACACCGGCUCUUGUAGCUGCUCGGAAUGGAAAUUUCCGCUUGACUUCUUUGUUUCUUCUCCACUGUCCCGACUCGGGUAACUUGGUGAACCAAAAGGGCGAGACGGCUGUCAACCUUAUGGAUCAAGCCAAUGCUGAACGUACAAUUCCUCUCCCUCCAUCUAGCGUGACUUAUGCCAAUGAACAGCAUGAUCCUGAAAAUGCCGGCGCCAUUGAUAAUAGGAGUGCCCCGAAGCAGGCGCCUGAGGCUGCUACGACAUCUGCAUUGGCUUCUAGAAUUGCAUCACUCAUGGACGAGGCAAACCGAAAGCUGACACAAGCGUACGGGAGCGCCAACGUUGGACACGAGAGUGCGGACGCGACAAGCCCGCAAGAUCUAUUCCAGCAACUAGAGAAAGACCGAGAGAUUAUUCGAAAAGAAAAAAUGGCUUUGGUAUCUCGAGAAAAUGCGAGCGACAGUCUUGAAACACAGACGACUCAGUACCGAGAUAUCGAGGAGCGAUGUAUAUCACUGGUUGAACAAAUUCAUCAUCGAAACCUGUCAGAACGGUUCACGGCGGCGGAGGACCAGCCUUCAACCAACGGUAACGUGAAUGAAGACGAGCUACAACGGCGAUAUGCAUUAGUUCGAGAAAUGAUCUCGGCACAAACGUCGCGGCGAGCUGCCGUUCGGGAUCUCAUUCAACAAAAAGCAGACGCUGGAGUGAGUACAAAACUAGACAUGCACCGCAAGCUAGUUUCGCUUGCAACGGGCUUGAAGGAGGACGAACUGGACCCAAUGUCGGCCGAGCUAGCGGAAACACUGGAGUUCGACCGGGUUAACGAAAAGACGUCGGAUGAAACUUCAUUGGCAGGACGAGCAUUGCUCGCCAGUGAAAGAAUCGCGCAGGCAAUGCCACCCAGUUUUACUGUUCCGGUUGAUGUUUGA